AGAGAGAGAGAGAGAGAGAGAGAGAGAGAGAGAGAGAAUAGGUGUGUGCUUAGGCUCCGGAUGCCUCUGUCUGGCUGCUGAGGCUGAGAUGGGAGCAAGCGGCCGGCUAGACUGGUGGUGGCUCCAGACCACACUUUCCUAGAACAAUCGCAAGAGGAAAUUGUCGUUGGGGGGGGAGGAGGAGAAGAGGGUUUCUCCUGUGCCCCCUUCUAACGCUUCUUUUCUCCUUCUCUCUCUCCCCCUCCUCCCGUCCUCCCUCGCCCCGCAUGCUCCCGGCUUGCCGCCUGCAGGAUGAGUUCCACCCGUUCAUCGAGGCGCUGCUGCCUCACGUACGCGCCUUCUCCUACACCUGGUUCAACCUGCAGGCGCGGAAGCGCAAGUACUUCAAGAAGCACGAGAAGCGGAUGUCGAAGGACGAGGAGCGGGCGGUGAAGGACGAGCUGCUGGGCGAGAAGCCCGAGAUUAAGCAGAAGUGGGCAUCCCGGCUGCUGGCCAAGCUGCGCAAGGACAUCCGGCCCGAGUUCCGAGAGGACUUCGUGCUGACCAUCACCGGCAAGAAGCCCCCCUGCUGCGUGCUCUCCAACCCCGACCAGAAGGGCAAAAUCCGGCGGAUUGACUGCCUGCGCCAGGCCGACAAGGUGUGGCGGCUGGACCUGGUCAUGGUGAUUUUGUUUAAGGGGAUCCCCCUGGAAAGUACUGAUGGAGAGCGGCUCUACAAGUCGCCCCAGUGCUCGAACCCCGGCCUGUGCGUCCAGCCACAUCACAUUGGAGUCACAAUCAAAGAACUGGAUCUUUAUCUGGCUUACUUUGUCCACACUCCGGAAUCCGGACAAUCAGAUAGUUCAAACCAGCAAGGAGAUGCGGACAUCAAACCACUGCCCAAUGGGCACUUAAGUUUCCAGGACUGUUUUGUGACUUCUGGGGUCUGGAAUGUGACGGAGCUGGUCAGAGUAUCACAGACUCCUGUUGCCACAGCAUCAGGGCCCAACUUCUCGCUGGCAGACCUGGAGAGUCCCAGCUACUACAACAUAAACCAGGUGACCCUGGGGCGGCGGUCCAUCACCUCCCCUCCUUCCACCAGCACCACCAAGCGCCCCAAGUCCAUCGAUGACAGUGAGAUGGAGAGCCCUGUUGAUGAUGUCUUCUAUCCUGGGACAGGCCGCUCCCCAGCAGCUGGCAGCAGCCAGUCCAGUGGGUGGCCCAACGAUGUGGAUGCAGGCCCGGCUUCUCUAAAGAAGUCAGGAAAGCUGGACUUCUGCAGUGCCCUCUCCUCUCAGGGCAGCUCCCCGCGCAUGGCUUUCACUCACCACCCGCUGCCUGUGCUUGCUGGAGUCAGACCAGGGAGCCCUCGGGCCACAGCGUCAGCUCUGCACUUCCCCUCCACAUCCAUCAUCCAGCAGUCGAGUCCGUACUUCACGCACCCGACCAUCCGCUACCACCACCACCACGGGCAGGACUCGCUGAAGGAGUUUGUGCAGUUCGUGUGCUCAGAUGGCUCGGGCCAGGCCACUGGACAGCCCAACGGUAGCGGCCAGGGCAAAGUCCCGGGGUCAUUUUUGCUACCGCCGCCGCCUCCAGUGGCCAGACCUGUGCCCCUUCCUAUGCCUGAUUCCAAAUCCACCAGCACUGCCCCAGACGGCGCCGCCUUGACUCCUCCAUCACCUUCAUUCGCAACGACAGGCGCCUCCUCUGCCAACCGGUUUGUCAGCAUCGGACCCCGGGACGGCAACUUUCUGAACAUCCCACAGCAGUCUCAGCCCAGGGACCGCUGCAGGCCCCCUGAAGCAGCCCAGUUCUCAGAGAGCCCUCAGAAGAGGUCUCAGCGGAGCUGUGCACCAGCAGCCAAGCAGAAAGAAACAUGCAAAACGGACUCUGCCAAGCAGAGGACAGAAAAAAAGAGAGGAUGCAGCAGAACUGCCUUCUUCCCCAUCCCAUCCCGGCCUUCUGGGGAAGGAAGGAAAUCCCCAAACAAAGCAACCAGCACCGUUCCGAAGGGGCCUAUACCCCAUCCUCGCCCUUCUUGGUGGAAUCCCACCCUCGACUGGGGCCAGAGCUUCACUAGGGAGCUCAGAGGACCAGCUUGUAAAGAUGAGGGGUGCAGAUCCAGAGGGUGCUCCCCUCCAGACCCCAUCCCCAACCCUCCCACACCACCUUCACCUCUGGCUUCUUUCCCCUAGCUGCUCCGGACUGGGUGUGGCAGGGUGGCCUCCGCAUUCCCCUGACCCACCCUUGAGCUAGAAGCCCCGGGUGGGCAGGGGGUGUCCCCUGGAGCUAGUUUUGUGCUCCCAGAAUGGAGGGUGUUCUGCCACCCCACCCUGAGCCACAGGGGUAGGGAGCCCCAGACUCCCCCUGUACAGUCCAUAGAAAAAGUCAGAAUGUUCUCGAAGGUCCCGUCGCAGCCUGGGACGGGCCCCCUUUUCCUCUGCUGGCAGGCUGGGAAGGUCAGCCUCCUGCCAUGGCCCAAGUGAAGGGAGAUGGGCCCCAGAUUACCCCCACACCCCAGCCCGCAUGCAGGUGCCCUCUCGACACCCCAUUGGUCCCUGCCCCUGCCCCUCAUGCAGAUAGCCCUGCUGUGGCCGGGCCCGGAGAGUGGAGCAGAAAGGGGACCCUGGAUCCGAGCGAGGAGAUCGGGCAGCCGCCACUGCCCUCUGCUAAGCCGCCACCUGCGCUAGGUAGGCGUCCUGCUCGCCCACUUUCAGUUCCUUUGGAGGGUGUUGGGUGUCGUCCUUUUUCAAAAGUGUUUUGGAGCUUUCUCUGUCCUCCCCAACUUUUCCUACCAUACCUCCCCCACCCUCACCCCCGUUGCCACUUCUCUCUGAAUUUCAGCUGUAAUGUCUUUACUCUUUAUUUCGGGGUGGGGCUUUCAUUGUUCGGGUCUUUUGCUGUUGCAAUUGGGAACUCCUCCAUUUGAGCAACUUGGGAACAAUUUGGUAACACACCACAGGAAGUAGCUCCCCCCCACUGCAGCCCUCACCUCCCCAAGGGAAGGUUGGGGGUCUCUCCAGAGGGUCUUCAGAAGCCCCCCCUGGGAGGGAGGGAGCACGAGCACGCCCAGCCUGGCUCCAGGGUGUGACUUGGCCCCUCUGGCUUGUCUUUCUGUGCCUUACUCCUUCCUCCCUGCAUCUCCCCCUCCUUGGUCCCCUUCUAAGUCCUUGUGCCUCUCUUUCUCUCUCUUUCUUAACUGUAUGAAAACACAAAG